UAACGCAUUCGUCUCAAAAUCAAUAAAUCAAGUAAAACCAAGUGCCACAAAAUUUCCUCAACACCAUUUCAAAAGAAAAUCCGCAUUUCCAUUUCCAAAAAACCUCACACAAAUAUUCGUUGGGACACUGAUCAGCCGGGAGCGUGUCUGUUGCGCUGAUAGCGGGCACUUGUUGCGCGCACGUGCCAGUGCCGCGGCGGACGGCGAGGAGCGCACAGUGCGCGCGGACGCACAGCGCACAGCGCGCCAUGCGUCGCUGAGGCCAUGCGGGCGCUGCCGCUGCUGGUGCUGCUCGCGCUGACCACGCCGGCCAGAGCCGGUAUCUGCUGGUCGGGCAUGGAGCGCGGCGGGCGCUGCAGCUCGGUGGCGGCGCUGCGCGUGGGGCGCGCCGAGUGCUGCGCGCGCGGGCCCGCCGCCUGGAGCCCGCGCGACCUGGACAGCGGCGAGAUAUUCUUCUUCAAGGCGCUCAGCGGGGGGUACCCAUGUACUGCUUGCGCUGCAGAGUCGUGCGCGGGGGUGUCGUGCGGCGCGGGGCGGCGCUGCGCGGUGCGCGGGGGGCGCGCGCGGUGCGUGUGCGCAGCCUCGUGCCGGCGCGCCGGGGCGGUCUGCGGGACGGACGGCAAGACCUACCGCUCGCUGUGCCGCCUGCGCCGCCGCGCGUGCCGCCGCCCCGCCAAGCAUCUCGCCAUGGACUACCCGGGGCAGUGCAAAGUGGGCAACUGCGAGGGCGUCCGCUGCGGAGACAAGAAGAAGUGCGUGCUGGACGCUGAGCUGGGCGCCCACUGCGUGCGGUGCGGCGAGUGCAACGUGGCGGGCGCGCCCGUGUGCGCGGUGGACGGCAGGACCUACGCCGGCGCCUGCGCACUGAGGAAGGCGGCGUGCGACCGCGGCCGCGCGCUGCCGCUGGCUUACAGAGGGAGUUGUAUAGCGAACGCAACCUGCUCCUCCAUCCACUGCUCGCCGGGCCAGCGCUGCGUCGAGGGCGGCGCGUCGGGGGCCCGCUGCGUCACCUGCGGCCCGUGCGGCGCCGGCGCCAAGCGGGCGCUGUGCGGGAGCGACCGGCGGACUUACCCGUCGUGGUGCCGCCUGCAGAGGGCUACGUGUGCUGCUGGCAGGGUUGUGGACCCGCUGCAUCCCGGACCGUGUAAGGGUGACAGAAAUAUAACAGACAAUAGUGUGACUCGAGUGCGGAAGGGAGAGAGAGGUAUGAAUUAAGCGAAGAGCUGAGGGGGAAAGAACAUAUUCAGGGACUGUCUGGUUGUUAAACUCAUAUUUUAAGUUAUACUCUUUGACUUAAUUCUCAUAUUAUGAUGAACGAAGCGGCUUGUAAUCUAAUUCCUAUUUCGUUAAGUAUUAAAUUUGAUUUUGAAUGACAAGCUGGCCAAUAAAUACGUGUCUAGAACUUAAACCAAAAUGUAUAAGUCAAACCAUUUAAAGAUGUUGAUGUCAGUUUUCUAAGUUGCGUUUAGAAAGUAGAUUAAUUUAUCGUUAUUUUUGUAAUGAGUUAAUUAAUUUAAUUUAAGACUGAACUUGUAACCAGUAUGGUCUCUGCGAGUCGAGUGUUGUCUUCAACAAGUCAAGUAAAUAGUGAUAGGUUUACUAAAUUCAGUAAAUAAUUGGUACCAGCCUAAACCCUGAAACUAUUUUUUAACUUAUUACACACUCAUUGUAGAUAAAUAAUUCUAUAGUUUUUACUGAUUAACACUUUAAACUUAAUAAAUUUUGAGCACCAAAUCGUACUUACUAUUUAGUCAAAAUAUUAUAGGACUGUAGUUAGCACAAUGUUCUGAAAGUAGGUACUUAUAUUUAGAGAAAUUUCCAUGUUUCUUGUUAUAACUAACUAUAAAUACAGGAUGUUGAAAAAUAGGAAAUUUUAAGCAGGGAAGGCAAUACUUUUGGCAUUCUAUAGAACUUUUGUUUUAAGAAUGUUAGAUUAUUUAUAUUACUGAGUAGGCCUUUACUGAAAAGGUACUUAAUUAAUGUAAUUUAAAUCAAUAUGGCUUAGUUAGAACCCAUUUUGCAACAUUCUGUAUAAGCUUGUAGGAUGAAUUGUUUCAUCGGAGAACUGACUGACAUAAUUGUUCUAAAAUUCUAGUGUUUUAAGAUUAAUAAAUAUAAUUUUACUUCAGGAGCAUGGUGUAUGACGCUGGCGCAAUAUUUAUUGUUAAGUUAUAUGAUGUAUGGAGUUUUAGUGCAAUAUGUUUUGAUGCAAAUGAUAUAAAAUUUACGUAUGAACGUUUUGUUUAUUUUUUUAUGAUUUGACGAUUCAUUCUAUCCGAGGUUUCGCGAUGACAAAUUAUGUUGUUCCGACAUGUUAUUGAGUGUUAUGUACUUUUACAGUAUUAUGAUUGUGUAGGAUUAUUAGAAUUUUCUUAUUUUCGAAACUUUUUACACUGAAAAGAAUUAGAAAAUCUUAAUAGACUUUAGUUAAGAAAGUAAUUUAUUGUUACUUUAAAUUUAUUUCCAAUUCCCUUCUAGGAGUCAUUUGAAUUCUUGUAAAUGUAUUUAAAUGAACAAAGCAUUGUGUGAUGUCAACUUAGUGAUCAUUGGGACGUCCUGCUUAGCUUUAAAUAGUUAAAAUGAUUGUAUCUCGGUGCCCACAUUCUGUAUCCAGUAACGUGUAACGAUUUCUUUACAUUUUAUAUUGUUUAUUUUUAUUUAUUUAACAUAUUCGGUGUAACUGUUAAACUAUAUUGUGAAAUUUUAUUAACGUAUUUCUAAAUGAUUAAAGGGUUUACUUUAUUACUUUUAUUGAUUUGAUCUGAUAUGAUCGAGUAUAAAAUUAUUUUUAGUAGAGUAUCUAUUCGAAUUUAAUAUAAUAAUUUACAUAAGUGUUCAUGGUGAGGACGUCAAAACCAAUAAUGAUAAAUAGCAAUUUAAAAAGUUUGUAAAGCAUACACUUAACCUCGAUCCCUUGUUUCAAUUUUAUAAAAAUUAUCCUCUCUCUAUACAAGUAAAAGUUUUGGAUAAUGUACCAGUGCGGGACGAGCCAUGUCGCCCGCUCUCUAAGAAUUUCCCUGUUUAUAAUAUACUCUAUGGUAAGAAUGUGGACUGAGUCAAUGUCGCUUUCCUGUCAAUUACUCUCCAAGUAGUAUGUUUACUAUUUACUAAUUGUUAACUUUACUGUCUCGGACUAUAAUAAAAUAAUACUUAAUUGUUGUAGGUAGAUAACUCAUUGCAUAACAUUAGAUGAUGUAUAAUAUAUCUUUGUUGAUUACUUUCUCGAUCUUCAUAAAUAUUUGACAAGUA